AUGAACACUACCAUCCGCGAGAAAUUGGAGGAGGCUGUGAGGCGGUAUGGGAUGAGGGCAUUUAUCUACCACGACGUCAUAGCUCGUGAGUGCUUCAGUCGAGGGUAUUCUUCAGUCACACCCGGUAUGGAAGCAUGGGCCAAGCAGCUGACAAACAGCUCGAAGGAUACUGACCCACUGGUAUCUUUGUUUCUGGACAGGGUGAUCAAUGACUUCAAGAGAAGCCCACCGGACAUCCGAAAGCCACUGAACUACAAGGAUGCUCUUGGAAAACAUCAGGCGUGUGGCGCCUACAUCCACUUCAAAGCCAUGAUGCAAUCCACGUGUCCAGAGGGCGAAUGGGCCGACCUCUCCAAGGAGUUGGACACAGCUUUCUACGACCAGUUUUUGGACGCUGACCUUUUGUCGGCUUUGCAAAGCUCCGUUCCUCCGGGUGAUGUCGGGGCUAUUGGUGCGAUGAGGCAGUGUCAUAUCAAGCUGUGA